GGUCUAUGUAAGGUAAACAACCAGAACUAUUGCUUUGAUAUUUAGAUCUACGUUGAUGUGAAAAGGAUUGUUUUACCUGGCAACAGUAGACCGCCAUUUAAGUUCCUGGAUAAUCUGUAUAGUAAAAUGCAUAUGCAUACUGCAGUAUCAGCAAAUUUCUUUUUUAUGUGUCUUGUUAAAUAUAGUAUUGCUCAGUAUCAGGUUCAAACAAAUGAGCUAUUUGUGCUUCAGCUGUCUCCUGCCUUAUUCAACUUCACAGAUUCCUACUCUUCAGAAGAAUACAUCUACAGGGCAGCAUUACAUAAUUUGCCAGAUCUUCCAAAAUGGAUCAAUCUUGCAUUCAAUCCAAAUCUAAAACUUGGAUUUUUGUAUGGAACUCCUAUAAAUGAUUUAUCAUUGGUCAAGCUGGAUCUGAUUGCAUCCAACAUUUUAACUUUUGAAACAUCAUCAAAGGAAGUUACAAUAGAUAUAUUUCCUAAAGAAGAGCCGGCUACUAGAAAAAUAAAGUUGAAAAUUCAUAAUCUCAAUUUGGAAGACCUAAUGGAUGACCAAAAACAAAUGAAACUAUUGGAUAUAUUUCGGAAAAUAUUGUGGCAAAAUAGUUCUCUAGAUCUUCAUUUCAUAGAACUGUAUUCAGCUUUGGCUGCUGGGGGAAGACGACCUGCACGCCCGCAGGAUGGUGAAGGGGUGAUCAUUACCUUGGGAAGUAAUGCCGAAUUCUCCGAGACACUUCGCGAACUAGAACGUGAAGUGAGUCCUUUGUGGCCUCUUCGUCAAUGCCCUCGCGAUUUUAAGAAAACAUCAGCAGAACGCUAUUUCCGUUCUAAAGGAUUUUUAGUGGAUUGGUGCUCAUUUAAACUGGUUCCUCAAAAUACCACGCUACUAACCAUUAGUUCUGCUGCAUCUCCGACCUUCGAAUCCAAAACUGAACGUAUUAUCCUAAAAUCAAGCCAAACACUCACUGAAGUGGUGGGUGCAGACAUCUGGAGCGCACCGGCCAAGUGGGAGAUUCCUAUACGUAGCUAUGCCGAGGAUGGUGUUGUUGCCGUGUUUAUUCCGUUGGUGGUAUUGUUGCUAUUAGCCGCCGUCCUAACUGCUAUUCUAGGUGUUCAUCCUGAAGGAGCGGAGACGGAAGAGGGCCAGCUCUAUGAAGCUGUGUUUGAGGAAUUGCCAUUUCUUAAAGCAAAGCAAGAAACAGGAACACUGAAACCUCAAGUCAGCAACGAAGUUUCUUCGAGACGAACACUUGAGUCGGCAACCCUUUCACUAGGGCGAGUAAAGCGCAAUCCGCUGUACGAUUCUUUGAUGGGUGAAUCUGGUACACGCGGUUCAAGCCCUUUUCUUAUGUCUUCGGGAUCAUCGGCUUUACCAACUCCAGUUUCCACGCUGUCCCGUCCCGCUUUCCCAACACCACGGUCUACCCUAGGACAAUCCGAAAGAGCAUCGACUCUAGGACGACCGGAACCUCCCCCAUACAAUUGCGGGACAAUCAAUAAGUAGCACACCAAAUAGCAUGUUACCUAAUUCCCCAAUCCCUAUGUCUGUUCAUUUUGUUUGUUUAUUUUCUUGUAGUCUCUCUUACAUCAAGGAACAUUAAAAGUUCUAGUCAAGUCUUGUCAGUAACUAAAACCUUAAAAAGCAAUUUGAAUUUUCAUAAUUUAUUUCUUUUGCAGCUUUGCCAUCAGCUUACAAUGCUUUGUCAUCUUUAAUUGCUUUUAUCAUCUUACAAUCAGCUUUAUUUCUUUAUCAGCUAUACAAUGUAGAAUGCUAUGUUCAAUGUACAUUUAGUCCCAUCUUGACUUUUUUGUGUGCAGUUGUUUGCUUCCAUCUUCUCGCACAGCAACAUAGUAGCCCAUGUUUUCAUACUUCGUCUUCAUGUACGUUAAAUAUCCUGCACAACCAGCAAUAGCUACUAGACCCAAUACCAUUACGAUUUUGUUCUGCAAUUUUGAAAAAAAAUUAUAGUUAAUGAACUUGUGCUUGCAAGCUAUUACACACUGCCACAUACUGGUUUGA